GCCCCAUUGCCCAGUGCUACUUCCACCGCCACUCGCGUCUUCCGUUGGUACAACUUCCGAGCUCCUGGCAACAGCUCUGUCACCUUUGACAUGGUGGCACAAGACAAAUCCGCCGAUCACGCCGCCCUUGCGAUCUAUGUGGGAGAGAGCUGCGAUUCUCUCGCCUGUGAACAAACCGCCACGGAGGGUACAUCCGGUACUACCACUUGGACGGCCGUGGGAGGCACCAUCUACCGUAUCUUGGCCACACGCAUCAAGGAGGACGCCGAUGCCUUCACCGGCAGCAUCCAUCGCUUUGAGAUCCAGGGUGCCACUCCCAUGACGGUGUGCGAGUUGGAUUUGGCCAAUCAGCCCAGCUCUAAUCACAAGCGAGAAUGCUCCUGUAAAACGAACUUCGAUUCCUACAAGAAUGCAUCCAUGGAAUGUGCCGAUAAAUGUGCCAAUUGUCACGAGGAAGAUGAUGGUACUUCCUUCUGUUACUAUCCAAGUGUUGAGCAGUACUACUCGGAUGAUGCCACCAUUGGAGCUACUGGAGGCAAGCUUUGCUUCACGCUCGCCGAUGGAUUCGAUGCCGAUGUGGUUGCCACCACCGUUUGCCGUGACGUCCAAGAGUUGGAGGAAUCCGGAAACAGCGAUUGUACCUUUUCUGUGGAAACUGGUACGGGUGCAGAAAGUACAUGUGCCUUUUGCUCGUACAAUCCUUCUGCUUCGUGUGGCUCGGAAGCCGAUGUCGCUGGUGCAUUUCCCUUUGCCGAUUGUGGAGAUGGCAACAUCUUCAGUCCUUGCGGUAAUGUUGGAUUGACGGGAGUCUAUGCCGACUAUGAAAGAAUUAUCAUGACGGCCGUGGAUGGAGGCGGUGUCGCGGAUGUGGGUGAAUGUCUGGGCGAAGGCAUUGAUGCUGCCGAUGCUCUCACCGCCAUUGAUAUGGAAAUGGACGUCUUCACUGAGAAUAUUACUCUUCAAGGUGGUGAAAGGCAGCUGUAUCGUCUUCCCGUCAACAACACCAUCCAUAGGAAUGUCCUUUGUAACUUCUUUGGAGAGACUGGAGACCCUGACUUUCGAAUCCGUUCCAACACUCCAGACGGUUCCACCAAGUGUUCCCGAACCCAAGGAGGAAGUACUCCAGAAGCGCGCGAGGGUGACUGCUCCGUGACGAUCUAUGAGGGUGAUACGGUUUUGUACCUCGAGGUGAAUGCCUUCGGUACCAGAACGGUCGAAAAUGUUUGGGUCCACUGCACUCCGUAUGACCAAAACCUCUACAUGGGUGACACCACAACUUUUGACAUCGCAGCCGACCAGACCAAGUGGCUCCGCUUGGAUGUGGAAGGCAGAAAUCAAACGAUUGGAUGCACCCUGAAGGGCGACAACGGUGAUCCUGACAUUGCGUUGCAUUUGGAAGCCAAAGAUGGUGAUGCGGGCUGCCGCUCCGAAAGUGUUGGAGCUCUCGAAUACUGCGAAGUGAGCGUUCCCGAAGGAUCCUACAGUCUCUUUGUUGCGGUCUAUGACGGAAGUUUCACUUCUACAGCUAUCGAGAAUAUUGCCGUCAGUUGUGGACCAGUCUAUGAAGGCGCUGACGAAUUCAUUGAAUUGUAUGACAGAUCCGAGCCAUUCAAUCUCUCCACCACCCCGAUCAGGACCUUUGCUAUGGAGAUGUCUGGAGAAUUCGCCUUUUGCGACUUGCGUGGAGUGAACGGAGAAUUAUUCAACAACACCGACAUUGAUUACUACGUGGAAAUUGGUUCCCCACCAGACGUCGAAAAUUACGCUGCGAGUUGCCGCUCGGGAGAUUUCUUCAGCGACCAGGAGGUUUGCUUUGCAUCCGGUAACCCCAACCAGCGAGACGUUGUUUACGUCUCGGUCGUGUCGUACGCAGGCGUGGAGGAUACAAACUUGGUUCUCCGAUGUGUUUCGCCCAACUACAUUCGUCUCAACAGUACGUCAUACAAUUUCAAUCUGGGUACAGAUGAUUUCCGCUCGUUUGUGUUGGAUGUUCCCAGUGAUGCCGAAAGCAUUGCUUGCAGAAGCGAAGCCGAGGAUGGCGGUGAUGUUGAUCUUUGGAUCAAGGUUGGUUUGGAAGAUGCGGAAUUCGACUGCAUUGCCAACAACGCAACCUCUUUUGAAACUUGCUCCGUUCCCAUUGUGACCACAACCGACGAAGAAGACACAGAGACUGUGUUUGUGCUUGUCUACGGCUACAACGCAACGGAAAGCGUCAAUAUCACUUGCGUGGCGGAAAUGGUUGAUGUGGUAGACGCGCCGCCGGCGACAACCAGCAGGAGCGGAAACCCAGACGAUCCCAUUCGCAAGCUCUCGCUCACGACGAAAGACGCCAAGCGCUUUACUCCAUCCAACAUGCAGUUUCUUCGCAACAAGAAGCGUCGUCAAGAGUAA